AUUUUUUUUUUAUUUUUCAGAAGAGAAUUAAAAUGGAAUCAACAAUGUCAGAAUUUGAGUGCAAUAAUGUCAACAUUUGAAAUCUUUUUGGUGAAAGCCAACUUUUAAAAUCAGGGUACAGCUCACAGAAUACAGCGGAGAGACAGACAACAAUAGACAGCCGAGAAACAGACAAAAAACAGACAGCGGACAUACAGCAGCAGACAACGGAGAGACAGACAACAGCCAACAACGGAGAGACAAACAACAACAGACUGCGAACAUACAACAGCAGACAGCAGGAAAAAGUCAACAGCCUACAUUGACAGAUAACAGCAGCCAUGGAUUUCUCGUUUAACGUGAAUACGCUGUUUUCUGAGGAGAUAUCAGUUGUGAGAUCUGAUCUGAUACCAGAAGGAUAUUCCGGAGAGCUUAAUCAUUCCCUUGUACAACAACAGGUUAGCUCAAUCCUGGAUGCUAUGGGUGAGGCCAGCUCUAAAGCUCAAGGAUUAAAACAACAAAUUACAUCAGGUUUAAAAUUCCGUCAAACAGAGGGACAAACAGCAUAUAUUCUUGUGGAUAAAUACAGCAAUGGGGGGAAAGGAUCAGUCAUUGGUUUGCUAAAGGUCGGGCACAAGACCUUGUUUCUCUUGGAUAGCGAGGGAAAAUCACAAGAGAUGAUUCCAAACUGUGUUCUGGAUUUCUACGUGGAAGAACGGCGACAGCGAAGUGGUUGUGGGAAGAAGCUGUUUGAAUAUAUGCUGUAUAAAGAAGGGACACAUCCUAGGUAUAUGGCAAUUGAUAGACCAAGUAUAAAGUUUAUUUCCUUUCUGAAGAAGCACUAUGGUCUGGUGAAUAGUAUACCUCAGGUGAAUAACUAUGUGGUGUUUUCUGGGUUUUUUAAGGACCGUCCUCAGGAUUGCAGUCCUACCCCGAAAAAAGCCCGAAUCAUUAUGGGAAAAUUACAGUAUGUCUAAAAAAAUUGUGAAAAACAAUAAUAAUUUAGUAUUUUAGAAAUAGAAAAAAACUAAUUUCUGAACUUCAAGCCUCAAAG